CUGACAGCGAAUUUUACUCUGUGGUUUGCGUUUUCUAGGGCUUGUAUUUUUGCGAUUGUUUUUUGUGUAUUUCAUUAAUUAGCGUACGAAAGUAAGAAUAAGUCAUAGUUUACCAGCAAGGGAAGCAGACAUUUAUAGGCAAUUAUGCCUUCUAUUGAUGUAAUGCCCGCGCUGGGGCCACCUUCGGAGGCGCCGCCAGAGGAGCCCCCAGCGCCUCCUCCACCUGUCAUUGGCAUCAUCUAUCCACCACCUGAAGUCAGGAACAUUGUUGACAAGACUGCCAGCUUCGUGGCUCGUAAUGGACCAGAGUUCGAGGCUCGUAUCAGACAAAAUGAACUGGGAAACCCCAAAUUCAACUUUCUCAACUCUGGAGACCCCUAUCAUGCGUACUACCAACACAAAGUCAAGGAGAUCAGAGAAGGGAAAGGCCCAGAGCCGUCAGCGCCGCCGUUGGUGGCGCCGGCUCGGCCCGGGCUAGCCCCGGCCACGGCCGCGCGGCAGCAGGAGCUGCUGAAAGCCGCUGCGCCCGCCGAGCCGCCACCCCCGCGCGACCCGCCUCCGGACUUCGAGUUCAUCGCCGACCCGCCCUCCAUCUCCGCACUGGAACUCGACAUCGUCAAACUGACCGCGCAGUUCGUCGCCCGCAACGGACGCCAGUUCCUCACCGACCUCAUGAAGAAAGAAGAGAGGAAUCAUCAAUUCGACUUCCUCCGCCCCCAGCAUUCGCUCUUCCAGUACUUUACUCGACUUCUCGAGCAGUAUACCAAAGUUCUCUUGCCGCCGAAGGAGUUAGUGAAUAAGUUGGGCAUGGAGAUCAAGAGCGGAGUGUUGGACCAGGCCCGUAGUCGCGCCGCGUGGCACUCGCACCAAGCGCGACGCAAAGCUGCCGACGAAGCGCGCAUCGAAAAGGAACGACUCGCCUAUGCUUCGAUUGACUGGCACGAUUUCGUUGUCGUGGAGACUGUGGACUAUCCUGCGGGCGAGCCGGGUGACUUCCCGCCGCCAACGACGCCUCUAGAGGUGGGCGCGAGGGUGCUAGCUCAGGAGCGUGGGGAGGACAUCACUCACGGGAACCAGGAGGACGACGAUACGGAGAUGCAGUUGGAAUCCGACUCGGAAUCGGAGUCUGAUGAGGAUUUGGCGGAGAUGGAGGACCGGACGCAGCAGCAGCAGCGGCCGGACGACAACCGCGUGCAGGACAUGGAGGAAGAGAGCUCGUCGUCUGAUGAUGAAGGCGUGGAGCCCCCGCGACCGCCGGAGGAGGCACCGGUGCCGCCGCGGCCCGACCGGGUCAUCGUCAAGAAGUACGACCCCAAGAAAGACCGGCCGCAGCCGACGGCUGCAAGCGAGGAGUGGCUCGUGUCUCCUAUCACGGGAGAGAAGAUCCCGGCCAACAAGGUGGCGGACCACAUGCGCAUCGGGCUGCUGGACCCGCGCUGGCUGGAGCAGCGGGACCGCGCCGCGGCCGAGCGCACCGACCGCGACGAGGCGCUGGCCCCCGGCGCCGCCAUCGAGGCGUCGCUUAAACAACUCGCAGAACGUCGUACGGAUAUCUUCGGCGUGGGUGAUGAGGAGACAGCUAUCGGCAAGAAGAUUGGCGAGGAGGACAAGCGUCGCGACGACCGCGUCACGUGGGACGGGCACACGUCCAGCGUGGAGGCGGCUACGCGGGCGGCGCGGGCGCACAUCACUCUCGAGGACCAGAUACAGCAGAUACACAAGGUCAAAGGCCUCCUCCCAGACGAAGAGAAAGAGAAGAUAGGCCCCAAGCCCGUGCCCGCGUCGGGCCGCGGCGCCCCCCGCGCCCCGCCGCCCGCGCCGCCCCCGCUGCACGCGGCCCGCGCGGCGCCCGUGCUGCUGCAGCCCAUCCCGCCGCUCAUGGUCAUACCGCCGCUGGCGCCGCGCCCGCCGCUCAUACCCACACCUGUUGCCCACCCCGGUAUGGUUGCAGGCGCGCCGCAGUUCGGGUUCAGCGCGGUGCCGGCGCCGCCCGAGGACGAGGAGGGCCCGGCGGCCAAGCGGCCGCGCACCGAGGACGCGCUGGAGCCCGAGGGCAGCUGGCUGGCGCGACACCCCGGGCCCGUCACUCUGCAGGUGUCGGUGCCGUCGCUGCCGGAGCGCUCGGAGUGGCGGCUGGACGGGCGCGCGCUGGCGCUGUCGCUGCCGCUGGCCACCAGCGUCGCCGACGUCAAGGCCAUGCUGCAGCGCUCCACCAACAUGCCGCAAGCCAAGCAGAAGCUGCACUACGAGGGUCUGUUCUUCAAAGACACCAACAGCCUGGCGUACUACAACGUACCUCCCGGCGCCGUGAUCCAGCUGCAAGUGAAGGAGAGAGGCGGCCGCAAGAAAUAACAUUGAACAUGUCCACAUAUUGUCGCUUUAUAGUGGAUGUGAUUUAUUUCAAUAAAACCUGGAUUCCAAAACAUAUCCCAAUUCGGGUAGUCAAGAGGUCCAUCGAUCGCAAGAUGAACAUCACACCGAGCUUUUUG